AUGCAUCAAUGGCUCAUUGAGCACUGUGGUCUGGAAGGCACAGAAAACGAAAUACAUACAGUUACAGGUGCCACUGCCUACCACGAUACACAUGAGACAUCGAUUUGGCCUCAAAGAUUACUAGUCCGAGUCGACAGCCACCAUUCAACCCAAGAUAGACGCGACUCGCUAGGCAGUAGCAACGAAUCGCGCGAAUCUGAGGAAGAAACAACACCAAGUAGCAUCCCUGACGCAUUGGAAACGGAAGAGGACUAUGAAUUAAACCCAAGCAUCAUCUCAAGCAUCGAAGCACUCCUCGGAGACUCCGACUCCGACGAACCAAGCGAUCUACCAACCCCUUCCUCAACCCCAUCUUACCCCGUCUCGCCCAUCGAACAGCAAACCGUGACACUCCACCAAGAUCUCGUCGCCCUCUUCAUCCACCACAGGAUCGCCGCCGCCACAACAUCCACCCCCGCCCCCUCCUCCCUCCUCGCGGCCGAAGAAAUGGAAACACUAAUGUCACACUACGAAACCAGUCUCGCCUCCCCACUCUACUCGGGCCUCUCAACCCGCAUCCACCUCAGCAUCCUCUACACCGCCUACACAAUCUCCGACCGCACCUUCUUCCCGCGGUCCCCCUUCGCCACCUUAGCAUUCAGCUAUCUAAGCCCCAAGCGGUAUCUGGCGCGUAGAUUGCGGUGCCAGAGGGUGUCGAGCGAGAUGCUGGUGGUGUUUCAAAAUUUACAGACCCUGGUGAGGGAGUUGGAGGCUGUGAUGUGGGGGAGGAGACGGUAUUUGAGAAGGUUGGGGAGGUAUCCGGAGGUUGUGGCUAAGACGAUUUGGAUGAUGGAUCCGACGGUGACGCAUAGGUGGGUUGGGCCGUUGGUGUUGUAG